GCGGCGGCGUGGGGGGAGUAGAAGCUUCUGAAUGUGAGCGGGAGCUAGAGCCGGAGCUGGAGCCGACCAGUGCCGAGAAAGCCCGGAGCCGGGGCGGCGAGCGUCGCGAGGAGAGCCCGGGAGCCCGUGGUCGAGGGCAGCCGCAGCCCAGAACGCUGCCGCGGCGAUGGCCGUGGCCGUGGGGAGACCCAACAAUGAAGACCUUCGAAACUUAUCUCUCUCUGGUCAUGUUGGAUUUGACAGUCUUCCUGACCAGUUGGUCAACAAGUCCACAUCCCAAGGGUUCUGUUUUAACAUCCUUUGUGUUGGUGAGACGGGCAUUGGUAAGUCAACAUUAAUGGAUACUUUAUUCAACACCAAGUUCGAAAGUGACCCAGCUACUCACAAUGAGCCAGGAGUCCGGUUAAAAGCCAGGAGUUAUGAGCUUCAGGAGAGCAAUGUACGUCUGAAACUGACCAUCGUUGAUACUGUAGGAUUUGGAGACCAGAUAAACAAAGAUGACAGCUAUAAACCAAUAGUAGAAUAUAUUGAUGCACAAUUUGAAGCUUACCUGCAAGAGGAAUUGAAGAUCAAACGUUCUCUGUUCAAUUAUCAUGACACCCGGAUCCAUGCUUGCCUUUACUUCAUUGCCCCCACCGGCCACUCUCUCAAGUCCCUUGACCUCGUCACCAUGAAGAAACUGGACAGCAAGGUGAACAUCAUCCCCAUCAUAGCAAAAGCAGACACCAUUGCCAAAAAUGAGCUGCACAAAUUCAAGAGUAAAAUCAUGAGUGAACUCGUCAGUAAUGGUGUUCAGAUAUACCAGUUCCCUACGGAUGAAGAGACAGUGGCAGAGAUUAAUGCGACAAUGAGUGUCCAUCUUCCAUUUGCUGUGGUUGGAAGUACUGAAGAAGUGAAGAUUGGAAAUAAGAUGGCAAAGGCCAGGCAGUACCCUUGGGGUGUGGUGCAAGUUGAGAAUGAAAACCACUGUGACUUUGUAAAGCUCCGGGAGAUGCUGAUCCGAGUAAACAUGGAGGACUUGAGAGAACAAACUCAUACCCGCCACUAUGAACUUUACCGACGUUGUAAGCUAGAAGAAAUGGGAUUCAAAGACACAGACCCUGAUAGCAAACCCUUCAGCCUUCAGGAGACGUAUGAAGCAAAGAGAAAUGAGUUCUUGGGAGAACUUCAGAAGAAAGAAGAAGAAAUGAGACAAAUGUUUGUCAUGAGGGUGAAAGAAAAAGAAGCUGAACUUAAAGAGGCAGAAAAAGAUCUUCAUGAAAAGUUUGACCUUCUAAAGCGGACGCACCAAGAAGAGAAAAAGAAAGUGGAAGAUAAAAAGAAGGAGCUUGAGGAGGAGGUCAACAACUUUCAGAAGAAGAAGGCGGCAGCUCAGCUCUUACAGUCACAGGCGCAGCAGGCUGGUGCCCAACAAACCAAGAAAGACAAAGACAAGAAAAAUGCAAGCUUCACAUAAAGCCUGGCAAGCCAAGGAUGUUCCCGCAUUCACCUGCUUUUGCAGUAACGUGUCUGCCAUCCGUGUUGUUGUUUUUCUUUUAUCCGCCCGUCCCCUCCCCUCCCCCCUCCCCCAAGCACCAAUAACUCUUUUAACUCAUUUCACUGGAGGUGGGUGGUGGAAGAAGGUAGAAGAGGGAAAUGAUGGUAACUGCUCUGUCCACCUGGAUUCGUCUUUGGAAAGUAAAUGGUUUUGCCUUCUAUGUCAAUCUGGAACCGUGAUGGUUGAGCACGCCUGUUACUUCUAUGUUGCUUUGGAAUGAAUGGGAAAGUAGUGUACAUUAAGUGCCAUUGUGUCUGACAUGGAAACUGUUCUCACCGCCUCACCAGCUGAACUAAAACCUGAAUGACCACGAAAACUAGUAUUUCCUUGACUUGUACCCAUGACUGCCCAAUGCCCACAUCCACUCUGCCUCUUCUCUUUCCACACCCUCCUCUCAAGUCCAGUAGCUUUUUGCUUAAACAACAUGAUGGGUAAACAAAGCAUGGCUUGGAUUGAAUUUUUCAUUUCAGUACAGGUUUCUCGCCAGCUUCCCCAGAGCAUUAGACCGCCUCAUUUCACUGUUUUUAAAAUGAAGCUGAAUUCAUGAUUCACAAACAUAGGGUUCAGGGAGGACUAUUCCAAGGGCUUUGAGCAUAAAACCCUCCAUCACCAGCAUUCUCUAGUUUUUGAGAGAAAUCACAAAUAGCUGAUCAUAUGCCAUCUCUCAGUGAAAGAACAUACAAGAUCAAAAGACUUUCCCCAUCCUUUAGCUUAAGAUGAUGAAACUCUUUUCUAGCAUUUGAAUUCAUUUUCCAUGGGAAGACCAACAUCUCCUAGUGGCACAAAAACCAUAACUUCUUGUGCUACUGGAUCUAUCUACAAGCUUCCAAAAAAAAAAAAAUAAUUCCCAGCAGCCACUUCAGAAAACACUCUAGAAUUAACUCCUUCCAUAUUUCAGUGGACCUUGUGACCUACGCAUUAGAGCUGUAGGGCCAAGGAAAAAGCCAACUGGAGUCAAGAAACGAAAACUCAACUUUCCUCCCAACUAACUUCACUUCCCUGUUCUCCAUUUGUACCCCAUCGUUGUCAAAAGACAAAGAGAACCGAUGCUUCUUGGAACCCAUUUGGCUUUGGGGAAUUCCCCCUGCCCUAUCACUGCAGUCACUCACACAGAGCAAGAGGUGCCAAAGCAGGGGAAUCAGAGGGAACAUAAAAUAAGUCCCCAGUAGUCUGAGUCUUCGAAUAAAUUCAUACUCUUUUGUCCUAAUUGAUGUCAAAAAACAAAUUGAAGUACUUAAGAUCUUUACUGCACAUCCCUGCCGCCCCCUGCCACCUCUGGGAAUGCUGAGCCUCCUAACUUCCUGGUGGUGAAGGGAUAUGCCAGCUUUCCCUUUGCUUCUGGCUGACAUUGAACACAUUUCUCUUUGGAACCCAGAUCUUCCACUUCUUCUUGCCUUUCCUCCUAGUACCCUGCCAGGCUAGAAUGGCUAGUGCCUUUUGUUUAAACUGCCUCUCCAGGCUGCUGAAGCAAAGGACUUUUGUUUAGCCUCCCCUCUCUUUCCCAUCCCCCUCCCCCCCCCCCCAACCAAUGUUCAUAGAACUUCUUAGGGCAGGGAGAAUUUCCAGGAACUGAUUUGGGGCCACAGAGGUGCUCUCCUGGGAAACCAUUUUGAAGCUCAAAAAUACACUAUAAUACAAGCUUCAAAUCUAGGAGCAGCAGCACCAUUGGAACUAAGACAGGUUUAAGCCAAUCUCCAAAGGGUGUUUCUGCAGUUCUGAGAUGAACUAAGCUAUGGAGCAGCUGAAUUCUAGGAAUUUUUCUUGGCAUGAUGAAACCAGUUUCCUAACCAUGGGCUGCAUUUUCUCAUGCAUUCUACUAAAAGUCAAAAACUCAACCGCUUGUGUGACGUGCUUGCACCAGCUGCUUUGUGUGUCUGCGUCUUCUAAAGAAAGUAGCCCUUUUCGUGCCUCAGUGUAGGAAUUCAAAUUUUUUCGUUGGUUCCUUGUAUGACUAAAGCCUUUUCAAGGUAGUUUAUCAGUGAAAAGGCACCCAAUCUUAGUCGUUUUGACUUUUUGGCCCAAAGCUAUUACAAGAUUGUAUUAAUAGCCUCAUGAGGUUUUUGGGUUGUUUUUUUUUUUAAGGAUAUUUUCAUGCUGCCACUAACUUAAUUUUUACUGCCAUCCCUCCCCUGGCCCUCUUGAGCUUGUUACUGCUGCUCUUUUCUUUCUGUAUUUAUGCCUUUUUUCACAGUAGUCCUUGGCUCUGCACGGAAUAAAUGAUACCCUCAAAUCUAAUUGGAUGUACUUUCACCUCUGCAUGUAAGUAUGGGAACAAGAAGCCUCUUUGACCUCUCAGCCUUUAAAAAAAUUAAUGAGUGGGACAGAUGGGAUGGGGGUUGGGGAAUCUGUUUCAUCCUGUUAACUUGAGCAGCACCAGAAAGAUAGCCAUCAUCAUUAAUGCCUCACAGCAGUCCCAUGAAUUUCAAUUCCCCUUGAAAUCAAUGUAGAAGUCUUCAAUGGCUUGUCAUGUGGUGAGACCAUACAGGGAGCAUGAUCUGACAUCACAAAGGGCUUUAGGUCGUACAAUCAUUCCUCACUGCCAAAGAAAGUGACCUUUCUAGAUACAACCUCCAUUACAUCUUGAGCGUGAAGUACUACAGUGCCCUUCCAUCAGAUCUGUAGGGUUUGGGCAGCUAGCAAUGACCACCAUUUCCCCUCUGGACCAAGAUUUUGCUCCCUCUAGGGCUUUGAUACCAAGAACUCGGUAACAAGUACUAUAUAAGGUAUAACAACAAGCCAGUUGAAGGGAAGUCACUUGAUGUGUUUUUGCAAUCCGGAUUCUUUAUAUCCAUUUGUAAAAACAAGAGAAUGUGAUGCCUGAACCAAGGGAGACCUAGAACUAGCUUGUUUUUCUUCUCUCCCUCUGCUUUGUAACCUCACAAGCUGAUGACAUUUGCUUAAGCUCAUCCCCUUUAACCCCCAUCCAUAAUAGGUUUGGUUCCUGCACAUGCUCUCCUCCCCACCCCCACCAAAUGGUUUAUAGACUGUUGAAUCAGGUUCUUCUGCUAUUACUUACUCAAACCCACGUGUCUCUCUGGGUGGUCCCACCAAUCCUGUCCAUUCCAGUCCCUUUGCCCUGCCAUUCUUCAUCAUCACAGAGUUAAGUUUCCUAAUCUGAGGAUUAUGGUUCCGUUGGCAGGCCACCUGGGAGAUGCUUUGUCCGACUAGUGGGACUGGGAUCUCCAAAGCCUAGCAUAUAAGAUAAUAUGAAGGGAAUCUUUUUAAACGAACUGAAAAUAAAGCUGUGAAGAGCAGGAGAACUGUUUCCUAAUUUUUAAAAAGAUGCUGAUAUGCCUUAAACUGUAGCAGUAGACUCUUGCCACGUUGCUGUUUUUAAAAAGUCAAUGUUUUCCCAAACCUUGUGUAACCUCCAUUCAAUGUUGAUACAGUAUUGUCAGACAUGUAUACAGCAUGUUAAACACUUGUAAAUUUUUUUUAAAUAACUAAAGUUACUGUAUUGAUGUCAAA